AUGCUUUCUGAAAAUAGAACCCAGUGGCAGAAGUGGUCGUCCAGCGAGGAGCUUUCCACUGCGUGUCUUCCAAAUUACCGCACCAUGAAUCCCUGCCCAGUGUACGAAAAGAACAGCAAUACCCUGUUCCUGUUUUUCGUCUGUGUUCUGGGAAACACCACUGAGUUAAAGCAGAUCCUCACAGGUAAGAACAAGGCCCGUCUGUGCUUGGUGAGCAGCAGCGACGACGGGCAAACUUGGAGCAAAGUGACAGACUUGACAGACGGCGUGAUCGGGGAAGCCGUCCACAAAUGGGCCACGUUUGCCGUGGGCCCCGGCCACGGCGUUCAGUUGGAGGGCGGCAGGUUGAUCAUCCCUGCGUACACCUACUAUAUCCCCUACAGAUGCUGCUCUUUCCCCGUUCCCUUCACGGUGUGCCCACGUGCGCUCACGGUUUACAGUGAGGACUUUGGACAGACAUGGCGCAUCGGUAAGAUGCUCCAAAAGAAGUCGUGCGAAUGUGAGAUGGCGGAGAUAAUCGACCAUGAGGGCAGGAGCCAUCUUUACUGCAACGCACGUCACAGCGGGGGCCACAGGUGCGAGGCCCUGAGCGCAAACAGCGGCGUGUACUUCGACAAGCCCCACAUGGCCUCGGAGCUUGUCGAACAGCCCAAAGGCUGUCAGGGCAGCGUCAUCGGCUUCCCCGCGCCCGAAUUCGUCCCAAACGACGACACCGAGAGCAAGGCUUGCGGCACGUCCCUCCUGUCACCAGACACGCAGACUUGGCUCCUCUUCACGCACCCGACUAACAAGUCCAGCCGAAGGGACCUGGGAGUGUACUUGAACCGGUCACCCCUGCACUCCUCUGGCUGGGACAGGCCCAGAAUCAUCCACAGGGGUCCCAGCGGUUACUCAGACCUGGCCUACAACGUGGACAAGGACCAGUUCUCCUGCCUGAUGGAAUGCGGGAAGGAAAGCGAACUGGAGCAGAUCUCAUUCACAACGUUUUCCCUCAACGACGUCAUGCAGACAGGCAACAGGAAAGACAAAAAGACCCUCUGA